AAUGUCAUCAAUUAUUCAGCCACAGCGGCGAAACAGCAAGGAUGUUCCUCCCCGAAUGGCAUCACGUCAUGAUGCCACCCUCAUGAAUCCUGGUCCUCCAGCACUUUACCAACUGAACACAGAACGAAAAUAUAUUGAUGAGAAUCAGAAAAAAGUCAAACGAUGGAUAUAUGGAAGAAGAGACAGAAACAAGCAGAACAAAGUCAUACUCCUGGUGGGAGAAACCGGCGCUGGGAAAACCACCAUGAUCAACACUAUGAUCAACUACUUCCUGGGAGUGAAGUUUGAGGAUGAAGAGUUUUAUCAAAUCACAGAAGAAGACGACGACAUAGAAGAGUCAUUAACCCAGACAUCUGAGAUCACGGUUUAUGAGGUGUUUGUUGAAGAAAACCCAACAUCUCUGACCAUCAUUGACACUCCAGGAUACGCAAACACUGAAGGAUACGAGAAAGACGGAGAAAUCUCAGAGUAUCUGAUCAGAUUGUUUUCAGAUGAGGAUGGGAUUCAUUAUAUUGAUGCAGUGUGUUUUGUGAUGAAGGCGUUUCAGAAUCGACUCUCUGGAAAAGAGCAUUACAUAUUUCACUCAGUUCUGUCUCUGUUGGGUAGAGAUAUAGAGAACAACAUAGUGUUUCUACUCACACACACAGAUGGACGUCAACCAAGAGAUGCCAUCAGUGCCAUCAAGAAAGCCCAGAUUCCCUGCAGAAGAGAUGGGAAAAAACAACCUAUUCACUUCUUAUUCAACAACCAGCAGAAAGAGAAAAGAGACAAACUGUGUGAAAGUGUUUUGAAAUUAGCCUUGGAAAUGGGACAAGAAAGCAUGACUGAGUUCUUCACACUCCUGGAAGAAAAGAACAGAAAAAGUGUUCAGAUGACAUUAGAUGUUCUGAAAGAGAGGAGACGACUUAAGGCCUGUGUCUCUAAUCUGAAGGAGCAAAUCUCUGAGAGCGAGUUAAAGAUGAAAGAACUGACUGAGAUACAGGAAGCUAUUAAAGAGCAAAGAGACAAGAUUGAGAAAUGUGAACACUUUCAGUUUACAGUCAAAACUGCUGUCAAAGAAAAAGUCACCACAGACGAUGAAUGGUGGUGGAGCAGAAACCAAACGUGCUGCAAUGUCUGUGAGGAAAACUGUCAUAAGAAAUGCUGGGAGGAUCCCCAAAGCUGUGAAGUCAUGAAAAAAAAACACUGCACUGUUUGCACAGGAAAGUGUCAUUACAGUGAUCAUGUCAGAGAGAAUAAAAAAUAUGUGGUGAAGCCAAAAACCAUCACUAUGACAUUUCAUGAGCUUAAACUGGAGUAUGAACGCACUGGUGAAAAGCCUAAAACCAGCUUUGAUAAAAAAAUCUAUGAACAUAUUGCAAAUGAACACGAAAGAAAUACAAGAGAAAUUGAGAAUAAAACAGAAGAAAAAAAUCUGAUCAGUGAUUUGGAGACGAUUAAAAAAGAAAAGUCCAAACUGCUGCGGGAAGCUUACAUGACCAUCGUGACUCUGUCCGAAAUCGCAUUAAAAGCAGACAGCGCUUUCACUCUUCAACAUCUGGAUUUCUUGAUUCCCAGACUGAAGGAGGAGGGAGAAAAAGAAUGGAUGAAGAACCUGGAGGAUCUGAGGAAAGCUGGAGAAGAGCAGAAGAACAAGGGGGCAUUACAUCUUGUGAUGAAUUUCACUGGCAAAAAAAUGAACCAGUUUGACAAUCGUGCAACAGCAGCAACGGCAUCAUCUGUUCAUCACCACCAGCGCAAAACCAUCGAUGAACCUCCCGAAAUAAUAGCUGGAGUUAUUCGUCUCAAAGAUGAAUUUAUUGAACUCUACGAGAGAGAUCACUCUCAGCUCCAGCAGUGCACAGAGAGACUGUGUCAUAUCAUCAAAACAUUUGAAAAAGGUUACAGAUGGGCUACUGAAUACUCUACAUUUGCAGGAUGGACGGGAAUAGGUGCAGGUGCUGCUUUAGUUGCAGGGUUAGCUUUAGCUCCAUUUACUCUGGGGGCUUUUUUUGCUGCUGUUGUUCUUCUUAUUCUUUUCUCUCUAUGGAUACUCAUAAAUGCUCGAUUCAUGAGUAUGAGCAGCAGCUCUGAUAAAAGGCGCCAGAUAACACAAUUAAGAAAAGGCAUUGAAUCUGAAUGCAAGGAAUUUCAGGAUAAAAUCACCCCUAUGGCUGAAAAGAUGAAAGACAUUCAUGAGCGUACUGAGAAAAUUUUGGGAGAGCAAGAUGUCAUACGGAUAGAAGACGUUGCUGAACUGACUAAGCAGAUGUCUGAAACAAUGCUUUCAAUUGCAGCAGUCCACGGCGGGUUCAGCCUUGUGUUUAACAUGUUCACAGCUGGAAAUAGCAGGACGCUCAAUGACAUGGACAUACUAGCAGAAACACCCACAGAUGAGGAAAUAGACGAAAGCGAGAUGAACUCUGAGGCUGGGAAAUUCAUUGUUAAAAUGAGAAAAUUAAUUAAUCAGUUACAGAACAUUCUUGAUGAACUUGAGAAAACAAAAGACAAAUUAGCAGUUUAUUAGGAUACAACCUGCUGAGAAACAUGUUAUUGCUCAGCAGUUCAACUACUGACCAGCAUCUCAUUACAGUUAAUCAAUCAAGUCACCUUUAUAUCUGUAGAAAUUGUUUCAAAGCAGCGUCACAGUUAUGAAGAGGAAAGUAACAAAAUCAAUGAUGCAAACUUCAAAAAUGAGGCAAAUCCAACACUAUCAUAUUUUUUCUCAAUUGUGCCAUAAUUCAGCUUCAGUCAGGUAUAAAUUAUAAUGCUUUUAAACAUUUAAUUCAGUGUACUACAAGAAAAAUAGGAUUGUUUU